AUGCAUCGUAGCGAUGUCGGCGAUCAUCGUCGUCACGGGUUCAUGCUUCUCCGAGGAGUGUCCUGCAUGAACCUAAUCUGCCUGGAAGUACCCGAGGUUCAACAACUAAAAUCCUGCAUGCAGACGAUUUUUCUGGUUCUGUCGCAGAAUGGAGUCGUAGGCGCUGCAUCACCGGUGUUAGGUGCAAUACCGCCAACACCAACAUUGGCGUCUGUCAUUGCACCACCACCACCGCCACCACCACCAACGUCAACCCAUGGUUCAACACGUAAACGUCCUGCGCCUGCAGUACCACAACCGGAGUGCCCUGUCGCGCUGCGUCCGAUUGCUUCAUGUAAGGCUCAACUAGUAUAUUUGCUAUGUAUUCUUCCAAGUUUACUCCUAUUUACAGGUCCCACAUUGCCGUCUCAGUUUAUGCCUCAUUGGACAUGGUUAAUGCCAGGAUUGAUGCGACCACAGUCGCCUACCCUUCCGGCACCACCAUCCCUUGAGAAUACAACGGCAGCGGCUCACAAUGAACAUGAGCCGACAAAAUGGAGCAAUCCGUCCAGCGUGGAGAGUAAUGGGCUUAAGACCGACUGCUCAGCUGGUCAGUUUGCUAGUGAAUCGGGUAAUAUCGACAUUGUUGGAAUGGAUGGAAGUGAGUCGUCAACGUCUUCCACAUCGACUCAGGCUAUGAUUACGUCGCCGUUGGCCGGUCAAGCACAUUUGCCGGCUUAUUUGAAGGACUCAGCACAUCAUCCGAUAUUUCCAUUUCCACAAAAGUCAACCGAAUUAUCACAGCCGUCGUUCCUUUACAACUUAGUGAAGCAAGAACAACCGCCUUCAAAAAGUGCACCCAUAGCUGCAUCACUUCCAAUCGGACAUGGUCAUUCAAUUAUGACUCCUGAACGUAAACACAGGAAACAACAAAAUGAUGACUAUGUGAAACUGAUACGUGAACAAGAUCUCAGUGAUGAACGGAUAGCUGCUAUACCGAUACCGGUUCCGCAGGCUCUAAGCCUCGAUCCGACUGGAUCAGGUGCAAUAGAUCAAGAAGUAGACGCUCCUCGUGUAAGCGACCAAUAUCGUAAGGACUUACUUAGUAUUGGUUCAGGUUUUCGAGCGGUAUCCGAGCAGCAAGUGGUGCAACAGGUGGUUCAAAAUAAACGAUUCGAAGAAGUAGAUGUACGUGAAUCGAUGACUCAUCUAUGUAAGAAGUUGGCUGAAAAACGGGUGUUCGGAUCGAAACUCAUGGCCGAAACGACCGUCGCGGGUCUAAAUCACUCGACUUUUCCUAAUUUACCAAUCGAAGGAAUCAUGUACAUACAACAUGUCUGUCGCAAAGUUCUUGGCGACCGAUUUUCUUCUGAGGACGACUUUUGGGAGAGUCUGCGUGAUUCGAUGCGAAAACUGGCUGCACGGUGUCGUCGUGUACGCCAUGCAAAGAAAACGAAGAGCUCUCGUGAAGAAGGUGUGAUGUUGGCCGGUGAACGAUCCGCGGGAUGGCCCGAGGGCAGUGUAGCCCAGACACUUCAAAGUCUCAGUCUACCCGUGGAGAAGCCUACACAUUCCGUUCAAACCACACCUAUCAGCUCAGAACGAAAAAUCACUGCCGACAUCAGCGACACGAAAUUAGCCGAGACUCUUCAGAGUGGUCUACACGCGUUAGCCAAUGCCACACUUACAAAUCAGGCAUUACCGGCUACAUUAGCAGAGAUGUCAUCAGCGUGGUCGCUUUUACAGUUACACAAAAAUACCGAGUCACUGUUAAAACGCGAGUUACGUUUCGAUGAUACUUCGUCGCCUUGA